AAUAAAAAAUAUUCCGAGUAAAACGACUUCGCACGAAGCUCCGUCUCUCGCGCCCCCCUCUCGCUGCUUUGGAGCUUCGACCAUGGCGAUGACCGUGGAAGGCUCGCUGGACUUGCCUUUAUGUUCUCAGCUAGUAUUCUUCUGCAAAUCCUGGCCUGUGCUCUAUACAACAAUUGGUGGCCUAUGUUAUCAGCUCUAAUGUACGUCGUUGUACCUAUGCCCUGCCUCUUUUUUGGUGGUGGAUCCACGCAAUUCUUGACUAGCAGGGAGGGUGGCGGUUGGAUAAAUGCUGCGAAAUUCCUGACUGGCGCGUCGGCUGUGGGGAGCAUUGCUAUUCCAGCAAUUCUUAGGCAUGCUAACUUGAUCGAGACCGGAGCCAUGUUCAUCGAGUUCACAUCCUUUUUCAUACUCGUUUGCACGGUGCUUUGCUUCCACCGAGCUAGCCUCGACGAAGAUUGGUAAAGGGUUUCCCUUCGUUUACUAACUUUAAAACAGAAAAUUAAGGCGAGAAAAGGAGAAAAUUUGGCACUUGUAGACCUAUUUAAUGGUGUGUACAGUUUUUUACAUGGUAAUUUUUCUUGAUAGAUAAAUGGAUUGAGUGGAUAAACUAAUUUAUCAACCCAUUAACACAUUCUGUGAUGAUGCUUAUGAUAGAGUGGGCAUUCUAUCUCUACAUUACUAGGUAGUUACAUAAUGCUAAUUUUAACCAAUGAACUAUUGAGCAAGCACGUACAUUGAAUCCGGUCUAGUUUUUCUUAUGAAUAGUACUACGUUCAAUACGUUUGCUUUGUCAA